GCGCGGAUUGAGCAACGAUCAAGAACGUUACGACGGUUACGGCUUGUUUUCAAUUCCAUUGUGUUAACCAUUUUUUGUUGAUUUGUAACCAAUUGAAGUGAAAGGAAAGAAAGUUUUUUUUUGUUUGAUUGGACUAUUUUUAGUGAUUAAUAAAAAACGAAUUAAACGUGUGAAAAGUUUCAAACUUAGUGGGGCCCAAAGCCGUCUAAAGAAAGAGAAAUUUUCCGAAAAAAAACUUAAAUAACCUGGACAAAAAUGCGUUUUUUGUUGUUAAUUAUGGCGCUUAUAGGUGCUGUUGCAGCCUAUGUGGGACCAUCUUCGGCCAAACCACCCCCAACUUUGGCAGACACAAUCAUCUCCGAAUUAUUGGGGGAAAAGUUAAGCAUUAAAGAUAAUGAGCAGAGUGAAGCUUCUACCACCGCUUCGUCCUCUUCAUCAUCAUCAACAACAGCGGCAUCAACUUCCACUGAGCAGGCAAGCUCUUCCACCGAAGCCAUGAAGGAUCCCUUGCAAGAAAUUGUCUCAGCGUUGCCCAUCACUCUGCCUCCCUUACUCUCAGAGUUGGAUAUGCCCAAAAGACGUGUCAUCACCUAUGAUCAACGCCAGGAGGGACAAUAUAACAUACGCGCUGAUUUGGAUAAUUUCAUGUUUCUUUUGAUCCCAGCAGCUCCAGCGGAUAAUUUUAAUAUUCUGGAUAUAUUGGGUAAAUCAGGGGCAAGACGUACCCCUCAUUCCUCAUUGAAAUCGAAUAAAAAGAAAUAUUAUCCCUCGUCUUCGACUGGUAACAAACAGGAUGGUUUGAAAUAUCGCCAAUCCUUAAAGAAUGCUGAUUAUCUUUCUAAGCCAAAUGAUCAUUUGGGUGUGGCUUCCAGGGCUGGGGACUAUAUUGAGGGACGUACUCCUUAUCAUAUGGAUAUAUCUGCGCUGGAUGAAGAACAAGUUCAGCCUCGCCUGAAUCCCGAUCGCCAGGUGGAUGUUUUGCCACCCUCAUAUCCUUUGGCCUAUCAGCAUUUGAUGAAACCAUAUUUGGAGGCAGAAUCAUCUAUAAUACAGACCUUGCCGCCGGCAGAGAUGGCUAAUCGCCAUAACUCAGAACCUUCACAAAACUCCGGCUUCUUCCGCUUUGCUCGCUACAUACGCGGUGAUAAUUUCUUGGACUCGAAUCGUUUAGGACCGCAUCAAUAUCAUCCGGCCUCUAGUCGAAGAAUAGCACAAAUUCCCAUGUAUCGUUCGGAAAUGUCAAUGGGUGCAGCUCAACUAUAUCCACCACUGGAUGUGCCCCAGUUUAAGAUAGCCUCAACAGCACGCAGCUUUGAUGAGACACCCUCCACCUCCAACGAGGAGUUGGAGUCAAAACAAACUCUUGAUGGUGGUGAUUUGAUUUAUGAGAAUGUUUUCUCACCCUCUGUGCACUUACGUCCUUUGGAAGACGACUUGGAUUUGGAGUUACACAACGAUGGGCUAAUUGAGGGUGAGGCUAAGGCUUUGCUGAGUGAUGGCAUUGAACGUUGUGCCCCCGGCAAGAGACGUGAUAGUUAUGGGGUAUGUCGUGAAAUUCAAGGAUACUAGAAAUGGAGCGAGUGUAGCAGGAGUGAAAAAGGAAAAUUCAUUUUACUUAGUUUUAGAUUUAAAUUUAAUUAAAAAAAACAUGACUGCUUGUUUAAGAUUUUCAUAAAGUUUAAGUUAAGUGACAAGGUUCAAAAUAUUUUUCAAAAAAAAAAAAGAACAAAAAUGAUUGAAAGUUUUAAAUUAAUUAUAAUUUUAAGUUAUAAUGCUUAAGUACAAAUUCAUUUUUUUAUUAAAAAAUAUUUUUGUGCACUUUAUUUUAUUAUUUUAAAAUAUGUAUAAUACAUAU